GUUCGUUCUCAAAAUCUGAUUUCCAUCCAAUCGAUUCAGUCUUCAUUCAAUCGUAAACGCUCAGAAAAUCAGGAAAACAAAAGCCAUGGAUCCUGAGAUGAUGCGGAUUAUGGGGUUUGCCUCGUUUGGCGGCAGUGGCGCGACUGCGGCAUCAUCCUUGGCAUCUUCAUCCUCAUCGUCGAAUGUGAAUGCAGCCAAGAUGGCCGCAGCGAAGAGUGGAGUGAAGCGAAGUCACAACGCAAUGGCAGCGAUCAGCAACUACGACGACGACGACGACGACGACGACGACGUCGAUCAAGAUCAAGAUCAAGAUCAAGACAAGGAUCAAGAUCAAGAUCAAGAUCAAGAGCGUGGUCAUGAUCGAGCUGGUGCUGCAUUGCACGCAGUGAAGCGAGCACGGCAGGACGACGACGACGACGACGACGACGAGGAUGAUGAUGUGGGACCAAUGCCAGCGCCGUCGUCCAGUGUAGGCCCAGCUGCAAAUGCGACGAAAAGCACAAGCAGUGCCAUGCCAAUGGGACGCAAGGAUGACGACAAGGGUCAGGGCAAGGAUCAGAACGAGGACGACGAAGACGAUGAUGACACGUUCAUGCCGCCGCUCCCGCCAAGCCACGCCAAGAAGGACGACGACGACAAUGACGAUGACGAUGACGACGACGAUGAUGACGAUGACGAUGACGGAGAGCCCGUGGACGAGCGCACAGAGCGACUGAACAAGAUGCCCGUUUCGCACGAAAUCACGCUGGUGCAUGGCAAGAAGCCCGUAUCCGCACUGGCGUUGGAUCCGUCUGGCGCACGACUCGUAACAGGCGGCCACGACUACCUCAUGCAGUUCUGGGACUUUGCGGGCAUGGAUCGGUCGUUCAAGUCGUUCAAAUCGGUCGAGCCACUUGGCCGCUAUCCCAUUCGCGCUCUGCAGUACAAUUCAACCGGUGAUAUGCUUGCCGUAGUUUCUACUGGACCUCAGCUUCGAACCUACGACCGCGAUGGUAACUACUUGCUCGAGUCAGUCCGAGGUGACAUGUACUUGAGUGAUAUGGGUAACACGAAAGGGCACACUGGAACCAUCACCGGAGUGGCGUGGAGUCCGCGAGAAAAAUCAGUGUUUGUGUCUUCCUCGCACGAUGGAAGCAUUCGCGUGUGGGACGUCAAUGUUCAUGUGGCUGGCUCCAAGAUUACACAACACAAAGAUUUAAUCCGGAUAAAGAACGGGCACGGGCGCAAGGCCUACGCGGCAUGCGUGUCCUAUUCGCCGGAUGGCGCCUAUAUCGCCGCGGGCGUGGAAGACGGCUCGAUUCAGGUGUACAAGUCGAGCAGCCCUUACUUGCGCCCCGCCAUUGUCAUUAAGAAUGCGCACGAGACGGAUGCGAAUCGCCACAUUAGCUGCGUUCGUGUGUCCCGCGAUGGCAAGCACCUGCUGAGUCGUGGCAUGGACCAUACCAUGAAGCUGUUUGAUUUGCGCAAGUACAACAAGCCGCUGCAAGUCUUCCCCGACCUUCUCAACUUCCACGAGGAGACAGAGUGCGGCUUCAGCCCUGACGAUCGCAUGGUGUUUACCGGGACCUCCCUUCCUCCGCCCGAAGCGCGUGUCGCGACUGCCGAGCCACAAAGCGGGUCGCUCGUGUUCUUCGAGGCUUCCGACAACUUUGAGCGCAUCCGAGCGCUGGGCGUCACCGGCAAUGGCGACGUAAUUGGCUGUCUGUGGCAUCCUCGCCUCAAUCAAAUCGUUGCUGGCUGCUCCACUGGCGAGGCCAAGGUUCUCUACAGUCCUCACUUCAGCGUCCGUGGUGCAACGCUGUGCGCUUCGCGAGCUCCUCGCCGAGCCGACACGGCAGACUACCAGGUCAACAUUGGCAAGGACUUCAAGAUUUACACGCCAUACGCGUUGCCAAUGUAUCGCGAGGAAAAGCCGCGAUCCGAGAAGCGUGCCCUCAUCAAGGCCCGCGCCGAUCCCCUCAAGUCCAAGCGCCCAGAAAUGCCCGUCACCGGCCGUGGUGCCGAUGGUCGCACUGGUGUCGAAACAUGGACGCAACAGGCAGCCAAGACGUUGGUCAAGGACAAGCUGCGCGAAGAAGACCCGCGUGAAGCCAUCCUGCGACAUGCCCAAGCUGCUGCGGACAAUCCCGUCUUUACCAAAGCCUACCAAAAAACCCAACCCAAUCCGCUAUUUGACGAGCAUGCUGGAGAGGGCGAUGCUGGAAGCGAUCUUCCCUGAAAAGCCUUGCAUUGUUUGGUUGGCGUCGUUGUUUUGGUUUGGUUUGACUUUUGUCGCAAAGUAAACAAGAUUAGAAGA